AUGAAGGACGUAAAGUCCAUUGGCGAUAAAGAGAAUGAGGAUACUUCUUAUUUGCAUAGAAAGUCUUCAUCCUUAUCGGAGGAAGAACGACAGUACUUAUUGAACAGACAUGGGACAUUGAAUCUAGAGCCAAUGCCUCAUGCAAAUGAUAACGAUCCUUUGAAUUGGCCGCUUCGAGUAAAGAUAAUACAGCUAGGAAUGAUAGCUUUUCAUGCAUUUUCAACGACAUUCAUGGCUGCGGGCUUGAUCCCGUCCUUCGCCACACUUCUGGAGGAAUUUCUGACCACAAUAACUGCAUGCUCUUACUUGACCUCCGCACAAAUUAUAGUAAUGGGACUCUUUCCCCUCUUGUGGAUACCAUUAAUGGACAAAUAUGGUAGACGGCAAAUACUUUUGUUGUCCACUUUGAUAUCUACGGCUUUUAACAUUGGCUGCGUGUUUUCUCAUACUUACAGAAACUUGAUGAUAUGCCGUAUAUUUCAAGCAAUUGCCAUUUCUCCCGCUAUAGCAGUUGGGGGCAGCGUUGUAAAAGAUCUAACCUUCAGCCACCAGCGGGGAUGGUGGACGGGAUGGUGGGUUCUCGGCGUUACACUAGGAACACAUGUUGGGCCUCUCAUUAUGGGCUUUGUACAAUAUAACACAUCCGACACUAGAAACGUUUUUAUUGUGUUCACAGUCAUGAACUUUGUUCAAUCUCUAGGGUAUUUAUUUCUUGGUCGUGAAACUGUCUACGACAAGAAUUUUUUCAGCGAAUCCUUGAACAAGGUAUAUCGAUUUGCACCGAGAUCUUCAAAACAAUUCUCCGUUGUAUCUAUAUUUCGUCCUUUCCUGACCUUGCUCCAACCUCGAGUUGCAGUUACCGCUUUCGCUUAUGGUAUCACCUUCAGUUACGCAAACGUCGCCUGUGGAGUAGAGUUAACAAGUUUAUUUCAUGAGAAAUUUGCUUUCAAUCCUCAACAAAUUGGAUUGCAGUUCUUGAGCUUAAUCCUAGGCUGCAUUCUUGGCGAGCAAUUGGGAGGUUGGAUAUCCGAUUUCUGGAUGAGAAAUAUGCGAGUCAAACUCAAGAGAAACUGCAUUGAAGACAGGUUGUGGAUCUCAUAUCUCGGAUUCCUCACGGCAAUUGCAGGUCUCAUUAUCUACGGAGUCUUGUUGGGGAGAAUAAGCGAUGGGAAAUGGCGGUUUGGACCUCUCGUGGGGUUAUGUGUUGCUUCCUUUGGUCUUCAGAUUGUUACCACUGUCCUCGUCACGUAUGCAAUUGAUUCCAACCCAUCAGAAGCAUCACAUAUUGCCUCGGCAAUAACGGUCGUAAGACAGGUUUUGGGCUUUGUGGGGCCAUUUUAUUUUCCACCAAUGUUUGAGAAUCCAAAUCUUGGAAUAAUGAGAACAUACUGUAUCUUGGCCGCCAUUACGGGAAUACUAGGAUUGGUGCCAAUAGCCAUAAUCCACCUCAUAUGGUCUAGGAGAAAGUGA